AUGCAGGCUGUCUACACGUUAUCCUCGGUGGCUCCUAACAGAGUAUGGGGGAUGGGGGAUGUUACCUGGCUGGAAGAUGCAGGUAUGGUGCUGGUGGAGGAUGGUAAUGGGCUGCUAUAGGAACCCUCAGUCAUGUCCUGGGACAGACAGACCUGCUGCUGAGCCUCCCUGCCAGGUUGAUGGAUGGCUUGUGUAACGUGCCUGAUGUCCUUGGUCCGUCCCUUUUUGCAUUCAAACAGAUGAUAAAUGAGGCCUGUUAAAGUAUACUGUAAGUGCUUUCAACUCUGUGUUGGUCUUGCUAGAAUGCGGUGUCGGCUGUUUUCUCAGUGGUAAAUUGGUUCUCCGUACCGUUUACAGUAUUUGAGUUAGCUGCAGUAAUUUAGCCUCAGUAACAAGAUGUUGUUGGAGAAUAAACAGGAGAAUGGUGAUAGGGCUCUCUCUCUCUCUCUCUCUCUCUCUCUCAGCUUUCCGCACACCUCUCUCUCUCUCUCUCCCUCUCUUCUCUCUCUCUCUCUCUCUCUCUCUUCUCUCUCUCUCUCUCUCUCUCUCUCCUCUCCUCUCUUUCUUCUCUCUCUCUUUCUCUCUUCUCUCUCUCUCUCUCUCUCCCUCCCUUCUCUCUCUCUCUCUCUAUCCUCCUCGCUCUCCUCUCCUCGCUCGUCGUCUCUCUUCUCUUCUCUCUCAGCCCUCCUCACUCUACUCCGGGUCUCUCUUCCUCUCAAGGGUCUCUCAUUGUCUCACUCUCUUCUCUCUCUCAUGCUUCUCUCUCUUCUCUCUCUCCUCUCGUCUCUCUCGCCUCUCUCAUCUUCUCUGUCUCGCUUUCUCCUUCUCUCUCUUGUUCUCUUUCCCUCUCUCUCUGCUUUCUCCUUCUCUCCCUCUCUUGAAUUCAAAUUCAGAUUGCUUAAUUGGCAUGAAAUUCCAUUUGUAGAUAUUGCCAAAGCAGUAUAGUGUAAACAGCAUUUCAGUAAAUACAGUGCAAUGCAAUGAGGAUAAUGAAAUCCAGUUCAUUUCAGUAGUAAUAAUAAUAGUACAUAUAAUCAUGGAUACAGGUACAACACUACUGCUGUUGUAUUAUGUAAUCUUCGCUCGAUAAAUGUAAUUAAAGAAAAAUAAGAUUAUAAAAAGACAAAGAAAGAAUGUCUAAUAAAUAAACAACUAAAUGUACAUGGAUGAUGAUUACAUUAUGUAUUACUUGGAUGUUAUAUACAAUGUAAAUACUUCAGUGAAUUAAUGGUCAUGGGAUGUCCCUCAGGCUAUGGCAAUCAUAUACAUAUCGGCAGUAAUAUUUGCGGUUCCUCCCUCACGCAGAAUAAUUCCCAGCUUUAUGUCAUUAGUAAAUGCACAGAAGUUGGGAAUUGUUUGAGAUAUUUUCUUGAAAAAGGAUUAUCUUAUUUGGGAGUAUUUCUCACAUUAGAGGAAAAAGUGCAUCUCUGUCUCUACCUCCGCUGUCGUGCAGUGACCACAUAGACCCUCCUCUUUGGGUAGCCAUGUCUUUCUGUAUCUCCCUUUUUCUAAAGCCACACACACACACACACACACACACACACACACACACACACACACACACACACACACACGCCUGUAUUUGGUCAGGAUCUGUCUCUGUCUCUCUCUCUCUCUCCUGCUCUCUCUCUCUCUGUCUCUCACUCUCUCUCUCUGGACUGUUAAAGACAUUAUACAGAAAUACGCCACAAGGAGACUCAGGAACUUCUCAGCUGCCCUCGCACAGUCCUCGCAAAUCAAAGUCGCACACUUGUCAUCGCCAUGAUGUUCAAUUGGGUCACAGCUCAUAGCGGAGGUUAGUGGUGGGCGAGAUCCGAGUUCCGAGUUCCGAUCUAUGAUAGUGAUAUUUAAACCAGUUCAAACCAGUAUUAACCCUUCAGCCAGCCUGUGGGCAGAGAGAGAGAGAGAGGCUUUCUGUCUCCAUUACCUCAGAGGCGUGUAGUGUAGGGUACUCUCUACUCUCCAGUCCGAGUGUCACUGAGGAGAGGCUGUCAACAGGAUCCGGGUCAGAGAUGAGAUGGCCUGGUCCAUAGCUAGGCCUAGGUUUUCCUCCAGGGCAUCUGUAAUACUCAGAUCAUUCACAAAUUUGUCCAAUCAGGUUUAAGAAGGCUCUUUAGAUUUUUUUAAACCAAAUUAUGCAUACUGUUACUGUAUUUUUGAGGACAGUACUUUAAUUGUAAUCUGUAGGCUACGCAUGUUAAACAAGGGUUAUUGUAGAUGAUGUGGUUCCCUCUAGAUGUUCCUGUAGUCUGACAUACUGAUAAUGUUGCUCUCUGUGAAUUAUUCAGCAAAGUUUGUGGAAGCUUAAACGCAUGGAUGACUUUUACUACCAGAUCUUUAUGUUCGGUCACUGCUCCAACGCUCCAUACUGCCAGGGCACCGCUGAGCUGUCAGAAUCAGAAACCCUUCUAACCUCUAGUGGAAUCAUAAGGGCAUGGGUGUGCAGUGUGCACUCAUGUCUCGGGCCCAGUGAUGAGAGAGGGAUUUGAACUCUGGUUUUCAAGGAAUAACCGUUAGGCCUAUAACCAAUUAUUUUUCUCCUAGGGAGACCUUUUAUUGUAGAGUUACAUGCAAAAUACAUUUACACAAACAUGUUAUUCAGUCAUUUCGCCCAUACCGCUCGCGUGAGUGAACGAGCAUCUGUGUACCCAACCUGGUUCUAUUUGAGAUGCUUUGCGCGCUGCAAGUCCCUUCUUAUUGGAUAUCAGGAAGAUACAAACUCACGUGGAUACGUGAAAGACAAACGAGGAGAGAAUAAUUAAUGGAGUGUCCAAUCAAAACACAUAUUUUGACCAGGGGCGCAACUUUCACUGGGGACGGGGGUGAAAAGGUCCCCCGCACAUUCUGAAAUUGCAGUUUUAUCAUUGGAAUGUGAUACCAAACGGGGCAACGGUGUGCUUUAGGACCAUGCGGAUGCCUCCGAGCGGUCGGAGUGUUUUUAAAAAACAAAUUAGGCCCCCCGCCCACUUCUAAAACCAAGUACCUGGACACAGCCCUUAGCCCCUUAGCCGUGGUACAUUGGCCAUAUACCACAAACCCCCGAGGUGACUUAUUACUAUUAUAAACUGGUUACCAAGGUAAUUAGAGCAGUACAAAUACAUGUUUUGUCAUAUCCCUUAUAUACCACGGCUGUCAGCCAAUCAGCAUUCAGGGCUUGAACCACCCAGUUUAUAAUUAAAGAUUAACUAAAAACUAACUAGGUUUAUUUUUUUUUAAUCUGUGGAUUAAUUGUCAGAGAAGAGAAACACAUGAUUUUGUAUGACUACAAAGAACCAGAUACAAAGAGGACCAUACUGUAUGCAUGUCAGGUAAAAUAACAAUGUUCAUCUUCCAGGACAAACUAGCAAGCAACAUGAAUGUUUCAUGUGUGUUUCGACCUGCCCCGAAAUUAAUAUAAUUGAUUCACAGUUGAUUUUGGUAUUUUAACCGGCGUGUCAUGAUCGCGUCAACAUGACACGAUGGCGGACGCACGCGCGUGGCCGGUGUAGUCAGUAUAUUAGUUCAUAGAAAACCACUGGCAGGAUUUCCCUUGGAUUUUCCAUGGCUGCAGAGGGGUGUGUCCUUGUAGAAUCCAGUUCAGUUUCAGAUUUUGAUUCUAAUUACGACCCCUUGGUGUCUUUCCGAAUGGUUUAGUGAACAGAUUUGUCCACGCCACCCCCCUCACACCACUGUGUGCCUGAAAGAGGCUUCCAUCCUGGGGUGAACCUGCUGUCUCUUUUUGUCCUGGUAUAUUGGGGUUAAGUGCUUGAUUACCAUAUUCUGCCGUAGCAACCGAGUGGCAUAUCCUAAAUAUUCAACAGAUGUGAAUUUUCUGUAUUUUGAUAUCUGGGUGGUAUCAUGCUGUGUAGCGAUGUUCAUUUGCAUUGCAGUGAAGUAUGAAGAAGCACUGAUUAACCUCCAUUUCAGUAUGCAGCCAAGUCCGUCACCCUGCUCAACCCUUUGAAUGAAACAGAGCGUAAAGGGGCACGGUUCUUCCAUCUACAACCAGAGAUACAAGCACGUCUCUUGAGAUAUGUCGUUUGAUGUUAUUUCUUUGAAGUUCCGCACUUUUAUGCCAUGAAUGUGAUUGGAUGGUGUCUUAUGCAUAAUUAAUGCUUUGGAGGAGGAGGAGGAGGAGUAGUAGUAGUAGUAGUAGUAGUAGUAGUAGUAGUAGUAUCCAUGCUUUUUUUUCUGCAACGUUACACAUUUUUCUGGCAUGCAAAGGGCAAGCAAGCAAUAAAACUGAGUCAAAUAAAUGAGAGGAUCAUUCAUUUCCUUUCUAUAAAGUAAUUUUCUGUUUUACAUUCUGUUUAUUGAAUUCCUAAGCUUGGAUAUACUACAGUAAUCACAGUUGUUCCUCCCUGGAGUAAAAUAAUAAUUCCCUUCCAUGACCUGAGCAUUUCCAAUAGUGAAAUGUAACAUUUUAAGGGAUUUUGUCUCUAAGAUUUAAGCCCAUCUUCAAUUGAGCGCUUGAAGCUAUAUUUUCUGACUGUGAAUCGAUCAGUCCAAUUUUCCUCAGGUUACAUGGUAAUUUUCAUCAAAACAAAGCGGCCAGUCAUUCUGACUUUGAAGUCAGGCCUUUACAGAACAUAGCGUUUAAAGCAUAUGCACCGUGUCUAAUUGUGUGCUUUUUUGACAGACUUUGUUGUUGGGAAGAAAGAACAAAAAUGUGGUCCUAAACCACUCAUAUUUACGGAGAGAAAUGAGUUCUCUUGGAGCUCAGAUCGUCACAAGGCGAGCAGACCUAAAAGAUCAGACACGUAAGGUCUCCUGUAACUUCAGACAGGGUCACUUCCAUGGGCUGCUAGGGAGUAAAUCGGAGAACCGGAGAUUUGUUGAGUUCUGGUUGGAAAGAUUCAGCCUUCCUGUCUUUUAUAGACAAUUGACGUGUGGUUUAUAUGGGUCUUGUCCUCUGUCUCGUUACUGCAGGCCCAACCUCAGCACUCUUGGCCUCCAAUGUUCAAUCAACUUCAAACAAAAUAAGAACCAGUUCAGUUUUAUAGUUGUUCAGCUUGCUGAAACUGAAAAGCUGUACUGUACCCAUCCUCCUGGAGAACACCAAAGAGGAGGCUCCUAAUUAAACCUUUAAAGUCACCAGUCCGUUCCCUGCACACGUGGUGUGAAAUUACUUUGUCACUGAGCCGGGAGGUUUGUCCCGUCCUAUUAAAACAAAAGGGAUACAUUUACAUUUUUAGUCAUUUAGCAGACGCUCUUAUCCAGAGCAAUUAGGGUUAAGUGCCUUGCUCAAGGGUACAUUGACAGAUUUUCACCUAGUCGGCUCGGGGAUUAGAACCAGCGACCUUUCUGUUACUGGCACAACGCUCUUAACCACUAAGCUACGUGCCGCCCUGGAUAAAUCUCAAAUAGCUCCCAUGUUGAUUUUCAGCUGGACCCAUGGCUUCAUGUUGUCCUCAAGUACACAGGGAUCAGGUCCACCCCUGCAGCCCCUCUCUCUGAGUCCGAACCCUCUACAGCUGUUACGGGGUACAUUACCCCCCCCCCUCAGCCCCUCUCUCUGAGUCCGAACCCUCUACAGCUGUUACGGGGUAUAUUACCCCCCCUCAGCCCCUCUGAUCCCCAAUUUACCCCAGUCACAGUCACAGGUGAGGUAUUAUGGCGGCUUCUGUUUUGUUGUUAUGAUCAAUGUUCACAUUCCUAUACAACUUUGUUUAAUCCUGCUCAUAUUUGCUUUGAAAUUAAAGUUUUUUUUUUAAUGAUCAUAUUACAUGUACUGUUUUCAUAUUCAUAGAUUAUGUGUAGGCCAUAGACAUGAUUCAAUACUAAAGGACACCCACAUUUUAUUUUUACUUGGACUCGACACAGAAUGACAUGUUUUGCCCUGAAGAAAUGCAGGCAAAUUUACAAGCUUUGUUUGAGAAAAAAAGCUACAGCUACAGGCCAGAAAACACAGAACGUUGGGAUAAAGGUAAUUAUUUAGACAUUUGGGAAAUGACCCUGUGAUUAAGAGGAUUGCUCGCCUGGUAUUUGUUGUGUGAUGUCACGACAGCGUUUGAGUUAAUGUGAUUUAUGUAGGCCUAAAUACUUGAAUGCAUACUGAUCGUAUUUUAAUGGGAUAGAGUUAAAAGUAAAUGAAGCUUUGAUCACGUUGCACUUGGAGCAGUCCCUUAUUUUCUAUAAGGCCCCAAUACUAUAACUCCAGGACACAGUUGAAAGUUCCCUGCUCCUUUAAAUGGAGUGGUGUCCUAUCUUCUAAAGUAUAUAACUCACUAGCCUCAGCCUACUCACUAGCCUCAGCCUACUCACUAGCCUCAGCCUACUCACUAGCCUCAGCCUACUCACUAGCCUCAGCCUACUCACUAGCCUCAGCCUACUCACUAGCAAUUGAAUGGCACAUACAGUGAAACAUACACUCAGUGGCCAGUUUAUUAGGUACACCCAUCUAGUACCGGGUCGGACGCACCUUUGCCUACAGAACAGCCUGAAUUCUUCGGGGCAUGGAAACGUUGCUCAAUUGGUAUCAAGGGACCUAACGUGUGCCAGGAAAACAUUCCCCACACCAUUAAACCACCGCCACUAGCCUGUACCGUUGACACCAAGCUGGAUGGGGCCAUGGACUCAUGCUGCUUAUGCCAAAUCCUGACAACAGGAACUGGGAUUCGUCGGACCAGCAUUGACUAUAAUGACUAUAUACCCAAACUGUUGAGCCAUACAAUCCUAAUUAAUUCUUCAUUUGAUCAAGUGUCUCUUUUCAGAUACUCUUGUAUUACAGUCCCAGACAGUUUCACCCUACUGUGGUAAAUCUGCACAUCUCAUAGCUCGGGUCUAUCAUCAUGUGACUGCAGUCUGGUUUAAAAGGAGGACAUAGGCAGAUCCCGUGUCAUGGUAAAGCCAAGGCAGGGGACAAAAAAAAAGCAACAUUCCACUGCUUUAUUAUUGUAGAGUGGACACCCUUUUUCCCUGGCCAUGGCAUUUGUAGGCUCAAGCCAGCAGCCUGUUCCCUCCGUGAAUACCAGCUACAUGGCUAAUCCUCUGGAUCUUCGAAUGCGCCAAGCGGUCGAGAUGGGGAUUAAAAAGUUAUACAGCUGACUUGGAGCACUUCAAAAGAAAACUGCUGGAUUAGGGUUGUGCUGGUCGCAUGUAGGAUUUCAAUUAGCCAGCGAUUCUGAUCCAAUCUGACUCCGACUCCCCAGUCCCAGUGUGCCUCCCAAAUGGCACCCUAUUCCCUAUAUAGUGCACUACUUUUGACCAGAGCCCUAUAAGCCCUGGUCAAAAGUAGUGCACUAUAAUAGGGAAUAGGGUGCCAUUUGGGAUGCAACCCAAGGUUUUGUGGGUAGGCUACCAGAGGGCCAGGGGCAUCGUUGGCUGCUGCCAUAUGGCAAAUGACAAGAGCGGAUGGUCCGUUGGUGAAGCAUUGUCCCGUCUCGUUCUGGCUCUUUUGGAUCAAUGGGGGUUUGUCUCGACUGCAGUUGUCAGCCCUGCGUUUAAUCAGCUUUACUUUGUUACUCUGAAUCGUUCUGAGAGAAUGGCAUAAUUGGAUUUGUUAAGGGACACAAGGUCUUCAUACUGUAUAGAUUUGUUGAGCUUAUUUUCAGCAGAGAAGGCAAGUUCAGGCAAACCCCUCCUACUGUACCAUAUACUGUAGCUUAUUAUGCUAUAAUAAUAACUUUGAUAAUAUUUUAUCCCCUUCUGCUGCCUAGGUCCAACGCGGUUGAAAUGUACUGGAAAAGGCACACAGCACAGGAAGAAAAGCUUGCAGUAACUACCGCACCACUCUCCCCUCCCUCUCUCCCUCAUUCACUCUCCCCUCCCUCUCUCCCUCACCUCACUCGCCCCUCCCUCCCUCUCUCUCUUUCUCCCUCACUCACUCACUCACUCACUCACUCACUCUCCCCUCCCUCCCUCCCUCUCUCCCUCAUUCACUCUCCCCUCCCUCUCUCCCUCACUCACUCUCCCCUCCCUCCCUCUCUCUCUUUCUCCCUCCCUCACUCACUCUCCCCUCCCUCCCCCUCUCUCUCCCUCACUCACUCCCCCUCCUUCCCUCCCUCCCUCCCUCCCUUUCUGAAUCUGAUCAGACCAGUUCUCAGAGUCACAAGACUGCUGGUGAUUUGCAUUUCUGCCGCUCAGUCAGAAGGGAGGAACCACAGUUCACAGGUCGCUGCUCAGCCCAGGAGAUGGUGUUGCGGUCCACAGGUUGCCUUACCCUGCUGGCAGCGGUACAGAGAGGGGCUCUGCUGCUCUCACCCACAAGAAGGCUCAGGCUCUGAACCCAAACGUUUUGGGUUGGGGUUUUGAUUUUUAUAUAGAGUAAUAUUAACAUUAGGUCUGACUUUGGCAACUGACCUGAAAGGAGAAUGGGAUGGGAUGACAUUGUGUCAUCCUCCCUCGAGAUGACAGGGUUUACUAUGCAUCCAGUUGUACAGAGGCAAGGCAAAUGUAAUUCUGUUUCUUACAGUAUGUGGAUCUACAACUAAGUGGUAGCUAGAGAAUACAGUUGAAGUCGGAAGUUUACGUACACUUAGCUUAGAGUCAUUAAAACUCGUUUUUCAACCACUCCACAAAUGUCUUGUUAACAAACUAUAGUUUUGGCAAGUCGGUUAGGACAUCUACUUUGUGCAUGACACAAGUAAUUUUUCCAACAAUUGUUUACAGACAUAUUAUUUCACUUAUAAUUCACUGUAUCACAAUUCCAGUUGGUCAGAAGUUUACAUACACUAAGUUGACUGUGCCUUUAAACAGCUUGGAAAAUUCCAGAAAAUGAUGUCAUGAUGAUGUCAAGCUUCUGAUAGGCUAAUUUACAUAAUUUGAGUCAAUUGGAGGUGUACCUGUGUAUGUAUUUCAAGGCCUACCUUCAAACUCAGUGCCUCUUUGCUUGACAUCAUGGGAAAAUCAAAAGAAAUCAGCCAAGACCUCAGAAAUAAUAUUGUAGACCUCCACAAGUCUGGUUCAUCCUUGGGAGCAAUUUCCAAACGCCUGAAGGUACCACGUUUAUCUGUACAAACAAUAGUACGCAAGUAUAAACACCAUGGGACCACGCAGCCGUCAUACCGCUCAGGAAGGAGACGCGUUCUGUCUCCUAGAGAUGAACAUACUUUGGUGCGAAAAGUGCAAAUCAAUCCCAGAACAACAGCAAAGGAUCUUGUGAAGAUGCUGGAGGUAACAGGUACAAAAGUAUCUAUAUCCACAGUAAAACGAGUCCUAUAUCGACAUGACCUGAAAGGCCGCUCAGCAUGGAAGAAGCCACUACUCCAAAACCGCCAUUAAAAAAAGCCAGACUAUGAUUUGCAACUGCACAUGGGGACAAAGAUCGUACUUUUUGGAGAAAUGUCCUCUGGUCUGAUGAAACAAAAAUAGAAUUGUUUGGCCAUAAUGACCAUCGUUAUGUUUGGAGGAAAAAGGGGGUGGCUUGCAAGCCGAAGAACACCAUCCCAACCGUGAAGCACGGGGGUGGCAGCAUCAUGCUGUGGGGGUGCUUUGCUGCAGGAGGGACUGGUGCACUUCACAAAAUAGAUGACAUCAUGAGGAAGGAAAAUUAUGUGGAUAUAUUGAAGCAACAUCUCAAGACAUCAGUCAGGAAAUUAAAGCUUGGUCACAAAUGGGUCUUCCAAAUGGACAAUGACCCCAAGCAUACUUCCAAAGUUGUGGCAAAAUGGCUUAAGGACAACAAAGUCAAGGUAUUGGAGUGGCCAUCACAAAGCCCUGACCUCAAUCCUAUACAACAUUUGUGGGCUGAACUGAAAAAGCGUGUGCGAGCAAGGAGGCCUACAAACCUGACUCAGUUACACCAGCUCUGUCAAGAGGAAUGGGCCAAAAAUUCACCCAACUUAUUGUGGGAAGCUUGUGGAAGGCUACCUGAAACGUUUGACCCAUGUUAAAUAAUUUAAAGGCAAUGCUGCCAAAUACUAAUUGAGUGUAUGUAAACUUCUGACCCACUGGGAAUGUGAUGAAAGAAAUAAAAGCUGAAAUAAAUCAUUCUCUCUACUAUUAUUCUGACAUUUCACAUUCUUAAAAUAAAGUGGUGAUCCUAACUGACCUAAGACAGGGAAUGUUUACUAGGAUUAAAUGUCAGGAAUUGUGAAAAACUGAGUUUAAAUGUAUUUGGCUAAGGUGUAUGUAAACUUCCGACUUCAACUGUACAUUUCACAAAGGUUAUAGACGUUGGUAAAGGCUGAUAAACAUGCUAGUUGUAAGAACCAGUUUGAUUCGGUGAGAAUCACACGUGAAGAGGUCAAACCAGGUUUGCAGCAGUUGCGUUGUGUGAUGAAUGGGGUUUGUUUUCCGUCCUCCAAUAUCCAGUUGAAGCAGUGCCGUUGUACAGUAUGAUAAAUGGGGUUUAUGAGUGGUGUUAAUGUUUCCCUCCUCCAAUAUCCACAACCCUGAGAGGGAUCUUACAAGGAGGAAGUGCUGCUUUGGUUCAUUACUUCCUCAUUGACCUCUCUAACAUCAGGCACACAAACACAAAAACUUCCUGGCUAAUUAAACUUAAGCACUCCCAGACACACUCCCUUUCCUAUGCAUUUGCAUUUAAAGCCACAAUCCUGAGUCUGUGAUCGGUUGCCCCGACCUGCCACUUGUUUUGGUGAAAAACGAAAAGGGAGAGGGUUGGGGAAAUGUAACGACUCUCAAAUGCAUUAAGGGCUGGAGUGUGAUGCUUUGCCCUUUAGCCUGUCACCUCAGAGUGAGAUUCAUCCUGGGCGUGUUGUGGAAUGGAUAAAGAGAGUGAAAAAUACUACACAGGUAAAUAAAUAAGGAGAUGAGUCCUAAAUGAGACUGUUGGUUCCUCCUCUUCUCCUUCAACAGUGAUAACCUCUACGGCUGUGCCAACUGCCAACCAACAGUGUAUCAGCCCUGCCCUCAGACCUGUUAAACAAAAGAGAACAUUCCAACCUUAUACAAACAAGUGACCACAGCUUCUAUUUGCACCGCGUGCCAGCAGGCAUGGAGGUUUUCAUGACAGGUGUAGCUUAUGGCAGACGAGCUGGCAGAGGUUAAGAGAGGGUGGUGUGAUUGAAGUUCCACUCCAUGAAUUUCCUGACUGAAAGGUUGCCCUUCUCAACCACCCAUUAAUCGUUAUGACUUACUAAAAUGUUUCUCUUUUUUUAAUGCUCUCUGUCUGACCAAGGAUCGAUGCUUAUCUCAGAUAGCAUGUUAAGAUUAUUAAUGAAUUAAUCAAAGAGAAGGCUCUAUUAAAGAAAUUCCUAGUGCUUAUCUCAAAACAGACGAAGACCGACAUCACAGGGAAACAUGCCAUUUAUUUUCAAGAAUCAUGUCAAGGUUUAAAUACAAACACCCAUAGUUUGUGGGAAGCUUUAAGCUAGUGAUAAUUUUUAUCUCAAUUUGUAGGCAAUUCCUUUGUAAUUCGAUUAUCCAUUUGACCUCUGUAGAUAAACUAUGUUGUAGUCACCCUCUGUCUUUCUCGAUCCUUCUCCAUUUCUGUCAGAGUCUUAUCUAAUUGUCUCCUACAAAGUCCUAGUGGUACUUGCUGGCAAGGUCACAGUGUCACCUCCCAGCACAGAAGCCUUAGCAUGUUACAUGUAAAACUAGAGCGAUGGAGGUAAAGAAGAUGUCCACAGGCUUCUGUGUGGAGACGUAUAGGUUGAAAACCAGACCCUUGUCCCCACUCCCCAUGUCAAUGGGAUGCCUGUCGGUGUGUGUCCUUUAGCUUUCUCCUCAUUCUUAUAGGAGCUAUUCUUUUGUAUUCCCCAGAGUUGUAGAGGUUCAGGCAGAGUUUAGUCUGGUGACUAUCAGAAACACAUAUGAUCUGCUUCAUCAGUUCUGUGGCUUGUUUUAGAACCUACAGUCCUCUAAGGACCUAAUGUGCUACUGAGAAAGUGAUUCCAUCUGGGAAAAUAAUGGAAUUAGGUAAUCACUUCACUGCAAAUUGGUGAGUUUUGGAAUGCUGGUAUUUUCAAAAUAAAUGUUCUAAGAAAGAAUUUGUGGUAAAGAAACUCCUGACAAAGAAAGCCCUUUGCCCUAGUGCUUAUACUGUAAGGUCAUGCAAGAAUGUGUCUGGUUCGCAUGAAGUUUAAGUAUGUAAAAUGGUUUCAAGUUAGUGUUUACCACAUCAGACCUGUAGUUUCUGUUGAACUUGAUCUAUCAUACUUCUAUUGAUAGUUGCUUUCUUUAGUGUGUCUACGGUGAUUUUACUGCACCGUCAAUAUGUUUCAUGAAUGUGACUGUCUACCUGCUACAGUAGUUACUAAUGUCUACCCUGUUGACAGACAGAAGCAGGAAACAGUAAAUGGGUCAGGGUUGCUGCUGGUUGUUAUGUACACCUCUCUCUUUGGUCUCUCCCUGAAUACACUGGGGACCUUAAUCCAUGAUAACAUCUCUGGGAGGAAAGUCAAUGCAGUCCAGCGUUGCUACAGAGUACCACUGCCCAUUGUCCAGCGGGCCAGGAGGCAGUGCGUUACAAGGGGCCGUGACUCUGCGUAGCCUGUAUAUGUUGGGUUUUGUGUUUAUUUUUUUGUGAUGCUUAGCUCAAUAAAUAGGUGGGUGUUGGUUUUCCUGGCAUCAAAUUGAAAGUAGAAAUUGCAUUACACUAUUUAUGUGUAUAAAGGAGAGCCAUAAUGAACAAGUGUAGUUGAGAGGCACUGAUUCUGGUGUUGAAUGUAAACAAGUAAUAUUCUAAAUUCCCCCUGUCCAACCAACCAUCCCUCAUGAUUUCCCUCUGCAGUUUGCAGUGGAGCGUUGCCAAUACUCAUGUUAUCCUACUCACAGUUAUUGUAACACAGUCAAUAACAUGUUUUACUAGCAUUCAAAUGGCAAACCCUGAUGGGCUGUUAUCGUUUGGGGCUUGACGCACUUUACCUUAACAGAUGACCCUACGUGGUUCACUCAGUGUGAUUGUAGAGAUUAGUUCAGGCUUGAAUGCCACCAUUCAGAAAAUGCAGGAUUUCUUUUUAAAUUCAAUUUUUUUCUGAUAGCUUUGACAACCUACAGGUAACUGCCAAAAUAAAGGAAACACCAACAUAAAGUGUCUUAAUAGGGCGUUGGGCCCCCAUGAACCAGAACAGCUUCAAUGCGCCUUGGCAUAGAUUCUACAAGUGUCUGGAACUCUAUUGGAGGGAUGUGACACCAUUCUUCCAUGAGGAAUUCCAUCAUUUGGUGUUUUGUUGCUGGUGUUGGAAAACACUGUCUCAGGCAUCACUCCAGAAUCUCCCAUAAGUGUUCAAUUGGGUUGAGAUCUGGUGACUGAGACACACACACCAUUUAAACCCCCUAUGCUCCUUUGAGAGCCCCUCUUUCAAAGUCACUGAGAUCUCUUCUUCUAGCCAUGGUAGCCAAAAUAAUGGGCAACUGGGCAUUUUUAUUCAUGACCCUAAGCAUGAUGGGAUGUUUAUUGUUUAAUUAACUCAGGAACCACACCUGUGUGGAAGCACCUGCUUUCAAUAUACUUUGUAUCCCUCAUUUACUCAAGUGUUUCCUUUAUUUUGGGAGUUACCUGUAUAAAACAGUGUUCUACUAUUACAUAUCUGUCUAUAUCAGUUGUCUGAACACACUUGUUCUCGUCAUGAUGGCUCUGUUGCAAUGUUUUGUGCUCUUAGUUAUUGCUUAAUCUAUUAAAAUCAAAUCAAUUAUUGCAGACUUACAUUGAGUAAGUAUUAAGAUGGUUUCUGCAUGCCCUUAACGUUUCCUAUAUUUCAUUUGCCAAGUUAGAGCACAACCACAACAUCCUGCCCUAUCGGCUCUAUCACAGAAACAUCCCUACACCAAAGAGUUAUAUUGUUUUAAUAAAUCAGGUACCCUGCCUAUGGCUCAGACUAAAGAGAAAAUAUUUGCUCUGGGUCAUUAGCUAAAAAAAAGAAGCUGAUUUAACAUGAUAAGAUAAACGCACUUAUCUGAUCUCUCCCACAGCAGCGUGACAUAAAAAAGGAAAACACUCACAGUACGCUAUGAGCCAGAGCCCAGAAAAUGAAAAAUGUUUUGUUUUGAUAUGCUGAAAAUCAAACAGUGUGUCAAUGAGAUAAAGAUCAUUUCCUUAGUCUUUUAGAUUUCUUUGGCCCAUGUUACUUUAGCUACCUGCCUCAAUGUUCAUACACAAUACAAAUCCUAAUCCACAGUAAACUUGGCUCAACAGCUUUGUUUGAUAUAACACUGUCAAAUAUUAAAGCUUAUAAGUCCAGAGUAAAAGGUUGUGGUUUGGCUGUGUUCUUAGAUGGUGCUGGUUGGUUAAAUACAUGGAAGUGCUUUAUCACUCCCCAACCACAGCGGCCUGGUCGCCCUGGGCGACAGAAGCGCUAAUGGUUUUCGUAUGCCUGUCCUUAAUGACAUCACCGGCUGACUGAAGAGGCAAUGGGACGUACAAAAGAUGGCUUACAGGAGACUUUAAAGUGUAACGUCUCAAGGAGAUGCUGCCAUUUGUGAGCAAUAUUUGAUUUGGUUUGGUUUGGUUUGGUGGAGCCCUUUUGAGUCGGUAAAUUCACUGCUCAGUUUGGGUCACCUGACUUUGAGAGCUAAUCCUAAAAUUACCCAGGUGAGGCUCAGAGGUAAAUCUUCUAAUAAGUAUCAGUUUGACUUAUGACUGGGGGUGUCAGAUUUUGCCAGAUUAAAUUUACCUGAGUUUGAACUUUAGAGGAAUGUAUUUGUUGUUGUUUCUUGUUUGUAUUGAUCUUAGGAAUGAGCCAAAUACAAUUUCUUAGUCAAAUACAGUUUCUUAAUCAGUUUGCUUUGUACCCUUCUCUGUGUCUAUGCCGCCAUUCAAAGGGCUUGAUUCAAGUGUAUGUGACUAAUGUGUAAAUGGUUCCAAUCUUUGUUUAAAGAAUAAAAACCAACCACAGGGCUAACCCUUGUCCCCUGACCAGGCUCUCCUCUGUAUCCCUGUCAGCUCUCUCUGACAUAAUGUCCCAAGGUCUUUCUCAGGGUGAGGAGAACACAAUUACCCCUACAUUUCCCCCAGGGUUGAUGGACGAACCUUGUCUUCCAUCUCUCAGGCUGUCCUGUGGUCUAGGCUCUGACAGAGGUCCAAUCUACCCUGGCUAUCCCGGCCCUGUCAGGGAGGCCAGGAAAAGGACACUGAAUAGCAGUCAGGCCAUUUUACCAUUCUCUGGAAGGUCAGGCCAUUUUACCAUUCUCUGGAAGGUCAGGCCAUUUUACCAUUCUCUGGAAGGUCAGGCCAUUUUACCAUUCUCUGGAAGGUCAGGCCAUUUUACCAUUCUCUGGAAGGUCAGGCCACUUUACCAGUCUCUGGAAGGUCAGGCCAUUUUACCAUUCUCUGGAAGGUCAGGCCAUUUGACCAUUCUCUGGAAGGUCAGGCCACUUUACCAUUCUCUGGACAGACUUUUCCAGACUUUAAGAGACGUGAACAUGUACCCAGAAUCCGUAAUUGGGGCAACAAGGUUGCCCUUAGAAAAAGAGACAAUUUCUUUGUCUCCUCACCCUUUUACAGAUGCAUUCCUCAACCUAAUGAAUUUCACAAUAUUGUGUCUGGUUGAGGCUGGUUUAUCUGUAUUGGGCAUGUUGUGGGUCACUGUAUAUUUCUUCAGAGAGAAUUGGUCAGACCGUAAUUCAAUCUUGUCUGGGAAAGUCAAGGGAGAUCCCUAAACUAAUGGUAAAACAACACAUCUUAAGGUUCACACACAUCGUACCGAAUGUGUAACUAGCGUUCGUCUACUGAUCGUUCAGCAGGCUGUGUUUUAGGGACACCCGCUGUAGACGUCUGACUGACGGCAUUCUGCAUGUAAAAUCGGUGCGCACUUGGUUCGCAAAUUACGUUCAGAGGUGCUAAGUACUCUCGGCCAGAAAAUGCCUUCGGUGUGUCUGAGCCCUUAACCAUGCUCACACAGACACUAAAGGACACAGGCAUACCAUAAAAGGCAUGCACAGCUGAAGUUUGAGGGUACAAUAGACAGUACAUGCUAAUGUCAUAACUUCCCCCUUGCCCCUCUAAUGUUGCUAGGGAAUCUUCUUUCUCCGUUCUGUUAAGUCUGAAAGGCAAAACGUCAUUCCCUUUGUUGUGAUGGUGAUACAUCAAUCCAAUGGCAGUCACCCAACGUCACAAUGCCUCAGGCUUUGAAGACAGACAGCCACAGCCAUUCCAUUAGUCUUCCUGAAUAACUUUGAUUAAAUCAUAUUUCCCUCUCAUGACAGGUGUAUAAUGAUUUAGUUUAGAAACAAAUAACAAACCAAUAACAUUUCAGUUAGACUUGUUAUUUAUUUGUGGUAAAAGCAGAGGAACCAGAAAACAGCUGGUUAUCAUUUACAGCAUAUUUUUGUCACUUCCAGAGAGCUCUAGAGAAGUGACCUUGGGAGCAGGUUGAUACAUUGGGAAACAAUAAUGUAAUCUAAUAAGAAAUAAAUUCAACCAAACAAUAAGUAAAGAAUAAUAAUAUAAUAAAGAUUUACUUCUAAUGUUCUUCUUUUUUAUAUCAUAAACAGCAAACAACAUGGCACAAUUAUAAAACAAUACAAUUAUAAAACAAUACAAUUAUAAAACAAUACAAUUAUAAAACAAUACAAUUGUAAAAUAACUAAAACAGCACCCCUUCCCACACGAAAUGACAAAAACUGAAAAAAGGGAAAUAUACAUUAUCCAAAGGAAAUUGACUCUAAUAUCCAUUAUAUAGUUAGAAACAUAACGUUUUAUAGAUAUUACCCUUACAUGUUAAGAGUUUUGAUUCAUUCCUCACCCAACAUACCAUCACUCUCCUCUUCGCUGUGCUGCUAUCCUCCUGCUCUUCUGAGAAGCCUGGUCUCUUCUCCUCCUGGUCUUCAGGUUCACAGAGAUCACAGCACAGACCAUCCCCAGCAGACCGCAGCCCAUCAAUGAAGACCACAUUGUAUAGAAAGAAGGUAGUCGAUGCCAAAGGGGUCUUUCUCCUCGUGAAUGAAGAAGGUCCUAGUUAUCGAUACACACACCCCUUCAUCUCAACCCUUCAGACAUGACAAAACAAUAGUACUCCUCACUAUCCUCCUGCGACAGGUUAGAGAGGACCAGAGAGAUAUGAGGUUGAGAUGCAUUUGUUCGGCCAUUCAGAUCCUCAGAUAUGGUUCCAUUUCUGAUUUGUCCCAGUAGAUUAGACCAGUAUGACAUCGUCCCCUUCAGCAGUCUUUAUUAGCCACUCAAGCCGGUUAGACUCAGUAAAAGUAGAGUUAAAGCUGAGAGCAACCUCCUCUCCCUCUGAGAAGAACUGUGUGAACUGGUCAGACUUUAGGCAGACCACUAGCAUAUACCUUUGGAUGAGAUUCUUCACUUGAUUUUGAUGCUUCAGACAGUAGUAAACCUCAGAGUGGUUCAGCAUCAGGAAUGGGAUGAGCAGCGAGUAAUUCCCAGUCUCUCUUACAUCCACCAUAUGCAUCUGCUUUCCUUGGUCGGCGAGGUCAGCGUGGUCACUCGAAUGGUUUUGAGACGGCAAUGAUGUGAUACCUUUUUCCUUCUUGUAGGUGUCUCACCAUGUCUCUGUCGUAUUUGAGUCAGUAUUAAAGCAGGGUAGUACAGCCCUCUCCCCCACAAAGCCAUGUAUAUACAGCUCCUUAACAUAUGUCACUAUCAGGUUACUGCUACAAUGAUAUCCUUUCUCUACAGUGCAAAUGUAAAUGCCCAUGUCCUCCAUGGUGAAGUUGGCAAUGCGGAGAGAGGAGUUAUUCUCAAUCAAUUGGAUUCUGCCAGUUGGGUCCUCCAUGAGAGGCUUCCGGAUAAUGUAUCUUGAAUUUUCCUGUGUGUACCAUUGGACCAUCAUGCUGUCAUCACCACUUGCACCUUUACAUUGGAGUUCUACUGUCCAUCCUAAAUGGCAGAAUAUUCCAUUACUAUUAUGACUGCAAACUGAGAGACUAAUACGUUGAUGGUGUGAAAUAUUGCCAGCUGUCCAGCACUCCACCCUGUACAGUCCAGAGUCUGAUUGAACAAGCUUUUUAAUUUUGUAAUUACUAAGUGAAGGGUUAGAUGCGUUCCGCAACAGCAGGCUUUCUUCACCAUUGGAUUUAAAGAUCACACAGUAGUCCGCCUCUGACGCUGUUUUCGAAUGAAUAAACGUCAUCUUCUUCAAGAAUAUGAUUAGUUUCUUGGCUUGCAAGGAAAGUCCAGUCUAGAACAGCCAGUAGAAUGACUAGCUUUGUGGUUGGAGCCAUACUGUUCCAAGAUGUUUGUCUACUAGUUGCUCACACCAAUGCUCUUGUAUCUACUGUCCCUCAAAUUUCCAUGAUGCAACGCUAGUGACCUCGUGGUGUUGAACUCCAUAUCUGCUCAUCUCUCGACACCUUGGCAACCAGAAAUGUGCAGUGUUAGAUUGUAUCAGUUGAAAUGGCUUUUAGGGGAACAUGUUUGCAUGGGUGUCAGCUGAGAAUCUCAAUGCUGCUUCUUUCUCAUAACCUACGUGGAAACUCAUAUACGGUGCCUUUAAAAAGUAUUCAUAUCCCUUGACUUAUUCCACAUUUUGUUGUGUUACAUCCUGAAUUCAAAAUGUAUUGAAUAUAUGUUUUUCUCACCCAUCUACACACAAUACCCCAUAAUGACAAAGUGAAAACAUGUUUUUAGAAUUUUUUGCAAAUGUAUUGAAAAUGAAAUACAGAAAUAUUUAAUAUACAUAAGUAUUCACACCCCUGAGUCAAUACUUUGUAGAAGCACCUUUGGCUGCGAUUACAGCUGUGAGUAUUUUUGGGUGUCUCUAAGAGCUUUGCACACUUGGAUUGUACAAUAUUGCCCAUUAUAAUUUUUUCAAAUUCUUCAAGCUCUGUCAAGUUGAUUGUUGAUCAUUGCUAGACAGCCAUUUUCAUGUCUUGCCAUAGAUAUUCAAGACGAUUUAAGUCAAAACGGUAACUAGGCCACUCAGGAACAUUCAAUGUCGUCUUGUUAAGCAACUCCAGUGUAGAUUUGGCCUUGUGUUUUAGGUUAUUGUACUACUGAAAGGUACAUUUGUCUCCCAGUGUCUGUUGGAAAGCAGACUGAACCAGGUUUUCCUCUAGGAUUUUGCCUGUGCUUAUAGCUACCUGUAUUCCGUUUAUUUUUAUCCAAAAAAAACUCCCUUGCCGAUGACAAACAUACCCAUAACAUGAUGCCGCCUCCACCAUGCUUGAAAAUAUGAAGAGUGGUACUCAUUGAUGUGUUGUGUUGGAUUUUCCCCAAACCUGACGUUCUUUUAUUCAGGACAAAAAGUUCAUUUCUUUGCCACAUUUUUUACAGUAUUCCUUAAGUGCCUUGUUGCAAACAGGAUGCAUGUUAUGGAAUUUUUUAUUCUGUACAGGCUUCCUUCUCUUCACUCUGUCAUUUAGGUUAGUGUUGUGGAGUAACUACAAUGUUGUUUAUCCAUCCUCAGUUUUCUCAUAUCACAGCUAUUAAACUCUGUAACUGUUUUAAAAUCACCAUUGGCCUGUAUCUCUGUAGUGACUGGGUGUAUUGAUAUACCAUCCAAAGUGUAAUUAAUAACUUCACUAUGCUCACAGGGAUAUUCAAUGUCCUGCUUUUUUUUUACCCAUCUACCAAUAGGUGCCCUCCUUCUUUGCAAGACAUUGAAAAACAUCCCUGAUCUUUGUGCUUGAAUCUGUGCUUCAAAUUCACUACUCGAUUGAGGAACCUCACAGCUCAUUAUAUGUGUGGGGUACAGAGAUGGGGUAGUCAUCAUGUUAACCACUAUUAUUGAACACGGAUUGAGUCCAAGCAACUUAUUUUGCAAUUUGUUAAGGACAUUUUUACUCCUGAACUUAUUUAGGCUUAAAUUAUAUAUUUGACAUGGCAUUGCUACAAAACCUCACUGAAGGCCUGUUCAUUUCAAUUCAAUACAAGUUUAUUUAUUUAAGUUUAUUUAUCCCCUCAUUGAAGAAAGGCAAGUCAGUAACUAGUAUCAUAAAUAAUCAACGCGGCGCCCUCCACACUCUGAAAAGAGGACUUUCUGUAGUGGGGUGUGUCUUUAGUGUACCCAUGAUUUGACUCUCCUCAAUUGAUACCUUGAAAUAUUGUAUUGGAAAUAUGUUAGGAAUCAUCUGUGACAUCAUCGGGCCUGCAAGACAUUGUUGCGUGCAUCCGCUGUUCAUUACUACCCCAACUGUUUAUCCAUGUCUAGCUCUGUUACUGAUGCCUCACUGUACAAAGACUGAGCUGGAUCAGAAUGAAGACUGCAUGAGGGCUGAUGAUGCAUGAGAGUUUGGUCCCUGGCAGACUGACUGUCAUUGAUCUAACGAGGAGAUGUUUGACUGGAUAAUAGAUGUAGGUUGUGUCCCAAUUGGCACCCUAUUCCCUAUGCAGUGCACUACUUUUGACUAGAGCCAAAUGGGCCCUGGUCAAAAGUAGUGCACUACAUAGGGAAAAGGAUUCCAUUUUGGACGCAGCUGUAAUGAGGAACACUGCUCUGUUGUUUCUGGUCUGGUGGAUGUCCAGUGGCUUUCCUCUGUGUUUUCCCGUAGGGCUGGAGACACCCAUGGUCACUGUUCCAUGGCAGGUAGUUGAGAAAGGCAGUCAGGAUGCCUUGAUCAGAUAUCCAAAGGGAUAGUGUUUUUGACAAUGGACUUUUUUCAUUGUGCAAAAUUAAGCAUGAUUUAAUAUAGACUAAAACAGGUAUUUUAACUAAUUGGGUUACAUGUGGGCUCUCCUUUCCUCUGCAGGUGUCAUCGUGUGGUUGUCCAAUCAGAGACCUGCAUGUGUGAAGCCGCGGCCAGCAAUGGAACCCUGGCCUGCAGUGGCCUGGGUCCUACUGCUGAUGGCCCUCGCUGAUUGGAUGAAAACGGCCCAAUCAAAGGACUUCACAGAACAGGAUAUCAUCUACCUCCAUCCCUCAAGUAAUAGUCUGUUUUUAUUAUUAUAUGAACAAGAGUAUUUGAUAGUGUAAUGGACAGUGUCCCCAAUGCAGCUGACUUGCAUGGAAUUGGCAUCUCAAAAUCACCUGUUUGUGUUGGUACUAAAUGUAUUAAACUAUUGGGACAAGUUAUGAAAAUGGCAGGGUUUAGUCUGAUACGAUACGGACGUCUAGAAGAUCAGUCAGCACCUAUCAUUGCAGCCAGAGAUCCCACUUCUGCCACCAUAAUCAAUGAUGCUACAGCCACUAUUAUCCCAGUGACUGGGUGUGAUAAAAAUGAUAUGGUCAGUCACUGUCACACCACAACUGUUAACCCACUGCCCCAGCAGCAUCCAUGACUUCAUGAAGCUCAGCUCUGCCUGUCUGAGAAUGUGUAAGCCUUAUAAACUUGUGUCCUUCAGCCCCUCAGGCCUCUGUAGAACCAGGACAUCUCUAAUGGAGGAGAGGAGAGGCCACUCUCUUUCUCACACACACUCUCUCUCUCUCUCUCUCUCUCUCUCUCUCUCUCUCUCUCUCUCUCUCUCUCUCUCUCUCUCUCUCUCUGUGUGUCUGUCAAAAUUGGAAUAAGUUUGGGAUAAGAAGCAAUUACGGGGGUUGUAAUAAGCCCCCCCUUUUGCUUAUUACAACCCCCGUAAUUGCUGCUUAUCCCAAACUUUAAUAGACUGCUCAAUUCCAAUUUUGACUUACCCUUAAAGACAUGCUCCGGAACUUUGGCGACUAGUAUUCUUUAAACUUCUUUGGGCUGGAUGUGUCAAUGUGUAGUUCAUACAUGCAGAAUCUAUGAGCAGAAUUACUGUCUUACCUCAAUUAGUCAUGAAAUCCCUACUUUGAAAGUAACUGUUUUUUCUGGAAGCUGUGCAACGCCAUUUUCCCAAAAUGUAUCCCCAGGUGGGCAAGCCCCCUAGCAACUUGAGUUUCAGCCAAUGAGCUUCAGUCCCUCGCCAUUUGAGUGACAGCUAGCGAGAUGCACACACAGCAGAGCGAGAGAGAGAGCAAUGACGUGGUGCACAUAUCUCCACAUACACUGCGUGUACUAAACAUUAGGAACACUUUCCUAAUAUUGAGUUGCACCCCCUUUUGCCCUCAGAACAGCCUCAAUUCGUCGGGGCAUGGACCAUUCUUGAUACAAACUGUUGAGCGUGAAAAACCCAGCAACAUUGCAGUUCUUGACACAAACUGGUGCGCCUGGGCACCUACUACCAUACCCCGUUCAAAGGCACUUAAAUCUUUUAUCUUGCACAUUCACCCUCUGAAUGGCACACAUACACAAUCCAUGUCUCAAUUGUCUCAAGGCUUAAAAAUCCUUCUUUAACCUGUCUCCUCCCCUUCAUCUACAUUGAUUGGAGUGGAUUUAACAAGUGACAUCAAUAAGGGAUCAUAGCUUUCACCUGGAUUCACCUGGUCAGUCUAUGUCAUGGAAAGAGCAUCUUAAUGUUUUGUAUACUCAGUGUAUGUGACGUAGUACGCAAUUUCCGGAGACCACUUUAGGCUCGUGAGCCUACUUUCAGGACUACUGGCUAAAAAGUCAACAAAAGUACCAGAGAAUCUCGUUAAGAGUUAUGAAAAAGUAGGUCAGAGGUUAUGCUAUGCAUGCAUAGCAGUUAUGGGUAUCCAGACAGUCCCUCCCCACCCUCUCCACCCCCCACCCCUCUGCACCCCUCUCCACCCCCACCCCUCUGCACCCCUCUCCACCUCUCUGCACCCCGCCACACCCUUCUGCACCCCGCCACACCCCUCUGCACCCCUCUCCACCCCCCACCCCUCUGCACCACCAGGCACAGCUCUUUGAUCUGAGGUGUGGGGGGUCACGUGACUCCAUGCAUAGCUACUGGGCAGUCUGAAGCCCAACAGUCACCCAUGUUGUCACUGCUUUCUGCCAUCUGCUCUCUUUAGUCUCAUCCACACAUUAGCAACAUUUCCACUCAGCCCCCCACGAUAGAAACUACACUACAUCGUAGCUGUAAGACCCACUGUAUAUUAGCAUCUAUAUGUUAUUGAUGUCUGUUUCAUGUUUCCAUGUCGUCCAAAAAGGUAUACUUUUGACUCAUCUGUCCCUAGAACAUUCUUCCAAGAGUCUUGAUGAUAUAUCUUUUUUUUAAAGGAUAUGUAUGUGUAUGUAUGUGUGUAUGUAUGAUGAUCAUCCAGGUGCUUCCAGGACAAGAUGGGUCCCAUUAUGUCUGGCGAAAACAAAACACUGCAUUCCAUAGUAAAAAACCUCAUACCAACGGUCAAGCAUGGUGGUGGUAGUGUGAUUGUUUCCGGAUGCUUUGCUGCCUCAGGACCUGGACAACUUGCCUUAAUAGGAGGAACCAUGAAUUCUGCUCUGUAUCAGAGAAUUCUACAGGAGAAUGUCAGGCCAUUCGACUGUGAGCUGAAGCUGAAGCGCAACUGGGUCAUGCAGCAAGACAAUGAUCCAAAACACACAAUCAAGUCUACAUGAAAAUGGUUAAAAUACAACAAAUUUGAAGUUUUGGAAUGGCCUAGUCAAUGUCCAGACCUAAUCAAAAUUGAAACAAGCAGUUCAUGCUUGAAAACCCACAAAUGUAGCUGAGGUUAAAGCAGUUCUCCAUGGAAGAGUGGGCCGAAAUUCCUCCACAGCGAUAUGAGAGACUGAUCAACAACUACAGGAAGCAUUUGGUUGCAGUCAUUGCAGCUAAAGGUGGCACAACCAGAUAUUGAGUGUAAGGGGGCAAUUACUUUUUCACACAGGGGAAUUGCAUAACUUUGUUUAUUGAAUAAAUAAAAUAAGUAUCUUUUUUUGUUGUUGUUAUUUCUAAACUCAGGUUCCCUUUAUCUAAUAUUAGGUUUUGGUUGAAGAUCUGAUAACAUUCAGAUAAAAAAAUAUGCAAAAGUAGAGAAAAUCAGAAAGGGGGCAAAUACUUUUUUACUGCACUGUAGCUUUGUUUCUUACAGUGUAUGACUUUUAUGACUUUUAUUAUCAACAAAUCAAAGACGAUUCUAACAGCGAGCGACUGUCAUGUAGAUUAGAAUUCUAGUGGCAUGAACCAGCAAUGUGACAAUGAUGACCAACAAACCCCUUGGUUAAAUUCAUUUUUCCUUUGCUCUGUGCUCCUUUUUCCUCAUGCCCACAUGCUCCUCUACUUUUUCCUCAUCGUCUACAUCCUGUCCUGUUUCUCUCAAGCCACGACUUUACAUUCUCUCGUCUCUCUCUCUCUCGUCUCUCUCUCUCCCUCCUUCUCUGCCCUCUCUCCUCUCUUUCUCUCCUCCUCUCCCUCUCACGCUCUCUCUUUCUCAUGUUCUCUAGUCUCUCUCUCUCUCUCCACUCUCUUCUCUCUCUCUGCCUCUCUCUCUCCUCUCUCUCUCUCACUCUCUAGUCUCUCUCCUCUCAUCUCUCUCUCCCUCUCCCGCUCCUCUCUCUCCGCUCUCUCUCCUCUCUCUCUCUCCUCCCUCUCUCUCCUCUACGCUCUCUCUCGUCUCUCUCCUUCCCCUCAUCUUCCUCUCUCUCUCCUCCCUCUCCUCUCUCUCCUCUCCUCUCUCUGUCUCUCUCCGCUCUCUCUCUGCUCUCCUCUCCCUCUCGUCUCUCCCGUCUUUCUCCUCUCAUCAUUCGCGUCUCACCGCCUCCCAUCCCAUUCUCUCUCACAUCGUCUCCUCCGCACUCUCAAUCGUCUGCUCACACCGUCCUGAGAUCCAGAUCUCUUCAUCCUCCAUCUCUCUCUCUUCUCUCUCUCCGUCUCUCUAUCUCCUCAGUCUUCUCUCUCUCAUCUCUCCUCUCUCUCUCUCCCUCUCUCACUCUGUCCCUUUGUCUCUCUCUCCACUCUCUCUCUCUUUCUCCCCCCGGCACUCCCCUCACCCCCAGUCAGUGUACAACAACAGGCUGGGUCACUAUACUGUAGGCCUCUGAUAAGGACAUAUGCUAGGUAUAAGCCUCCAGAUUAGGGUCUGAAACAACCCCAACUCUCCCCAGGAGGUGGGCAUGUUAGAGGUCAGCCCUCCCACGUCUCAGAAACAGGCCCCCGCAUAGCCAGAAAGAAAACUCUUAAGAUCUGUGUCUCUUUCAUCACAGAAAGGCAGAACUCCCAGGAUCAGGUUUCCGGGAUACUGCGGGAGAUAUCUGUGUCAGCUCGAGGCCAACCCUCUAGUGUGUGUGUGUGUGUGUGUAUGCAAGUGAGUUGGCUUGUGCGGGUAACUGUGUGUGUGCGUGAGUGCCUGUGUCUAUGUACACGUGUGAGCAUGUGGCAGGGUGUUUGUGUAGUUGUGUGUGUCUCUCUGUGUGUGUGUGUGUGUGUGUGUGUGUGUGUGUGUGUGUGUACAUGUGGCAGUGUGUUUGUGUAGUUGUGUGUGUCUCUCUCUGUGUGUGUGUGUAAAUGUGGCAGGGUGUUUGUGUAGUUGUGUAGUUGUCUGUGUGUGUGUGUGUGUGUGUGUGUGUGUGUGUGUGUGUGUGUGUGAGAGAGAGAGUGUGAGGGCUGCAAGGAAGUGGUAUGGUAACUAACCAGACUUCCUGUUCCUGGGGAGAUGAAGGAGGAGUCUAGCUAGCUAGCAAUGGCGAGGCGGUAUCAUGGUCUAGCUAGCUAGCCAUGCCGAGGCGGUAUCAUGGUCUAGCUAGCUAGCCAGGGCGAGGCGGUAUCAUGGUCUAGCUAGCUAGCCAGGGCGAGGCGGUAUCAUGGUCUAGCUAGCUAGCCAGGGCGAGGCGGUAUCAUGGUCUAGCUAGCCAUGGCAAGGCGGUAUCAUGGUCUAGCUAGCUAGCCAAAGGGCACCCUAUUCCCUAUAAACUGCACUACUUUUGAUCAGAGCCCCCUGGGCUACAUAGUGCACUACAUGAGGAAUAGGGUGUCAUUUGAGACAUAGCAAUGGUGAUUGGCAACAUACUUUGUGAAGUUUGCCUGCCCUGCAGACCUUCAGCUGUCACUGGCCAAUCAGAUUAAUGUAAUGGUGCGAAAUUGGAAAGACUAACAGCCUCCUCGUCAGUUUGAUCACAACAGAUGGCCUCCAUGGACAUUUUCCAACCUCUGGAGGCCAUGAAUUGAGAAGGGAAGGGAACAACUAUGCUAAAUGCUCUGAGUUUUAGUGUUUUACUGGAUUAGCAGAGUGCAUGAUGGGUUAAACUGUACUUGACACUAUAGGUUUAUAUCAGAACUAUUGUGUGAGAGAGAUAAAUGGCUUGGCUGGUGAUAACAGCUAUAGGGAGAGAUAGAUUACAACUAUAUGUUCGGAAGGACUGAGUUCCCCCAGACAAUGGUAUCUCAGAGUCCAUAUUAUAAGCGUAUUAAAUCAAUCCAAAAUAAGGCCUUCUAUGCAUUCCAAACUUUUUUAUUCAUCUUAUUUAUCCAGAUGUUCCAGAUUUUUCUGUCCAGAUUUCAUAAACGAAUAUUAUUAACACAGUUUAUGGUAUGAACUUGCUAAUGUUAUUUGACGUUUCAGAACCUCUGUAUACACUGAGUGUACAAAACAUUAGGAAAACCUUCCUGCUAUUGAGUUGCGCCUGACACCUACUACCAUAGUCCGUUCAAAGGCACUUCAAUCUUUUGUCUUGCCCAUUCACCCCCUGAAUGGCACAUAUACACAAUCCAUGUCUCAACUGUCUCAAAGUUUAAAAAUUAUUCUUUACCCUAUUUCCUCCCGUUCAUCUACACUGAGGUGGAUUUAACAAGUUACAUCAAUAAGGGAUAACCUGGAUUCACCUGGUUUGUCGAUCAUGGAAAGAGCAGGUGUUCCUAAUGUUUUGUACACUCAGUGUAUAGCUUAUUCAAGGCUGAAUAUGUUGUUGGCUAUGUCUGUUAGGGUGAUUCGUUAUGGCUGUCCCAGUGCCCUGUGCAUGACCCCUUCUGAGUGUGUGUAUGUUUCUGCAGCCACUCCAUUCCCAGGCGGGUUCAAGUGCUUCACCUGUGAAGAAGCACCUGACAACUAUGAGUGUAAUCGCUGGGCGCCAGACCUGUACUGCCCACAAGGUGAGUCAGACCACUAGGACAAACCAUUGUUCUUCUCAGCACUGUUGAUAAUUACAAUAUGACUUCAAGCUCUACUCAGGAAGUAAUACUCAAUGUGUAAAUUCAACACUCCCUCCGCUCUCAUAGACCUACUUUUACUUUGUAUUUAGAUUAGGCCUUCUUUCCUUCUCAGAGUGCUUCCAACAAAGUUGUAAAUUACCGCUCUGUUUGCUCAUUGGAGGCCUCUGUACCUGGGUAUUAUUGAGUAUAAUGUCACCCUGUUGACAUGUUUAACUCAUAAAUAGCUAACCUCAUAAAGAGAGUUAGCAUGGCGCGACCACCAUCGAGCAGAUUUACAGCACUCGCUUAAUGACUAAUAAGUUACUUUGGCCUAGCCCUAGAAAAUACACAUUCUUUGUAUGAGUAACAACCUCAUAGAUCGUUGGAUAGAGAGAUGCAGUGCUUGACCAAAACUGCCUGGAAUGCACUCUGUAACAUGGUACAGUUGGCAUUUCCUCCAGGUUUUAAUACUAAAGGUGACAUACAGUCAUGUAUCACUUUGGAGUAUAUCAGAGGCUUCAAUUCAGAUACCGUAUGGCAGAGGCUUCAAUUCAUAUACCGUAUGGCAGGGGCAACAAUUCAGAUACAUUACAUUUUAGUCAUUUAGCAGACACUCUUAUCCAGAGCAACUUACAGUUAGUGAGUGCAUACAUAUUUUUUUUUUUAUACUGGCCCCCCAUGGGAAUCAAACCCACAACCAUGGCGUUGGAAACACCAUGCUCUACCAACUGAGCUAUAUCCCUGCCGGCCAUUCCCUCCCCUACCCUGGGCCAAUUGUGCACCGCCCUACGGGUCUCCCAGUCGCGGCCGGCUACGACAGAGCCUGGAUUCGAACCAGGAUCUUUAGUGGCACAGCUAGCACUGCAAUGCAGUGCCUUAGACCACUGCGCCACUCGGGAGGUCAGAUACCGUAUGGCAGGGGCGUCAAUUCAGAUACCGUAUGGCAGAGGCUUCAAUUCAGAUACCGUAUGGCAGAGGCUUCAAUUCAAGAAAGGGUCAGAUGUAGUUAGCCUAUAGUGUUUUUACCCCACAACCUCUGAACAGAAAAUAACUGUUUUUCUCUCAAUUCUUACUCCCUCGUUAAGCUAAAUUAACUCAUUAUCCAUCCCUGCUAACCAAAAAGUGGUAGUGUAGCUACCAGGUCAAUAUAUCUUAUUUACUAUAUUUAUUAUUCUCACCAGAGGCCAGAUAUUGUUACACGCGGCACAAGAUGGACGUGGAGGGGGACAGUGUCUCUGUGACAAAGCGGUGUGUGGCUUUGGGAGACUGCCUCUCUACUGGAUGCUCUGAAGAAGACCAUGAAGGAACCAGGGUGAGGAGUGGUGUAUUCAAAAAGUGGAAUAGUGUUGGGAGGUUAGAUUCAAGAUGGGAAGACGGGAAUGGUUUGGCCUGGUGUUGGGAGGUUAGAAUGGAAUGACAUGGGGUAGGGGUUUCUCUGGCAAAAUUAUUGUGGUUGACUUUGGGCAUGGCAUUUUCUGACUUGGAAUUUUUCAGUCAUGACAUAGACACAGUGGUGGAAAAAGUACUCAAUUGUCAUACUGGUGUAAAAGUAAAGAUACCUUCAUAGAAAAUUACUCAAGUGACAGUCACCCAGUAAAAUACUACUUGAGUAAAAGUAUUUGGUUUUACAUAUACUUACGUAUCAAAAUAAAAUAUAAUUGCUAAAAUAUACUUAAGUAUCAAAAGUAAAAGUAUAAAUAAUACAACAUUCCUUAUAUUAAGCAAACCAGACGGCACCAUUUUCUUUCUUUUUUAUGGAUAGCCAGGGGCACACUCCAACACUCAGACAAAAUUUACAAAUGAAGCAUGUGUGUUUAGUGUCCGUCAGAUUUACAUUUUAGUCAUUUAGCAGACGCUCUUAUCCAGAGCGACUUACAGUUUAGUGAAUACAUUUUUUUUUUUUUAUACUGGCCCCCCGUGGGAAACGAACCCACAACCCUGGCGUUGCAAACGCCAUGCUCUAUCAACUGAGCUACAUCCCUGCCGGCCAUUCCCUCCCCUACCCUGGACGACGCUGGGCCAAUUGUGCGCCGCCCAUGAGUCUCCCGGUCGCGGCCGGCUGUGACAGAGCCUGGAUUCGAACCAGGAUCUCUAGUGGCACAGUUAGCACUGCGAUGCAGUGCCUUAGACCACUGCGCCACUCAGGUGUAUAGAUCAGAGGCAGUAGGCAUGACCAGGGAUGUUCUCUUGAUUAGUGUGUGAAUUGGACCAUUUUCCUGUCCUGCUAAGCAUUCAAAAUGUAACAAGUACUUUUGGGUGUCAAGGAAAAUGUAUGGAGUAAAAAAUACAUCAUUUUCUUUAGGAAUGUAGUGAAGUAAAAGUAAAGGUUGUCAAAUAUAUAAAUAGUAAAGUCAAUUACAGAUACCCCAAAAACGACUUAAGUAGUACUUUCAAGUAUAUUUACUUAAGUACUUUACACCACUGCAUAGACAGUGCCUCCAACCGGGUAAAGUGCCUCCAACAGGGUAAAGUUUAUGGCCGGAUCUCAAGCUAUGGUUGCGGUCAAAGCUGGAGUGGGGUCAGAGCCAGGGUCAGACUAUGUGAACAUGGCUUUAUGUUACGGCCCUGUCCCAGUCACCACCACUUAACGGUGCUUUUGAGUUCCUCCAAAUAAGAUCAAGAGAAGAGUUGAAACUGCUCUUUCAGUACGCUGCCAUUCCCUGAUGAAAGGUGUGUCCUCACAACGAGAGAGAGAGAGAGAGAGAGAGAGAGAGAGAGAGAGAGAGAGAGAGAGAGAGAGAGAGAGAGAGAGAGAGAGAGAGAAGCCUGCAACAGGAAGAGAUAGAGCUUGACCCUUAUAUAAAAGUUGGACAUUAACUCUAUGAAAGGAUGUGUGAAAUACUUCAAAAGGAGCUUUCCCUUUAGAAGUAAACGCCAUAUUCAAGACUAUAGGCUAUGUCUGUCGAAGGCUAUACUAAAGGCCAUAUGUCUGUUAGUAAAAAUGACAGGAAAACUGCUAUUGAUUCCCCUAGAGAGCUGAGAGAGCUGAGAGAGAGAGAGAGAGAGAGAGAGAGAGAGAGAGAGAGAGAGAGAGCGAGAGAAUCUGAGAGAAGCUGAUAGGAGAGUAGAGAGGAGAAAGCGACUAGGAGAGAUCAGAGAUAGAGAGAGAGAAGAGCGAGGAGAGAGACAGAGCCGAGCCGAGACAGAGAGAGAGAGAGAGAGAGAGAACGGAAACAAGUGUUGUAUCUAAUGUUUCUACUUGUCUCCUUAGGUCUGUACAGCGUGCUGUGAGGGGAAUAUCUGUAACCUUCCUCUGCCCUGGAACGUGACAGAGGCUGUGUUUGCCACCACCUCGCCCCUCAGUGGCACCACAGGGCUCUCACAGUGCUACACACUAACAUCCUGCCUCCUCUCCUUCACCCUGCUCAUCUUCAGCUAUGUUUGA